GUGAGAUUGCCAUCCGCGUGUUCCGCGCCUGCACCGAGCUGGGCAUCCGCACGGUGGCCGUGUACUCGGAGCAGGACACGGGGCAGAUGCACAGGCAGAAGGCAGACGAGGCCUAUCUGGUGGGGAGGGGGCUGCCCCCUGUGCAGGCCUAUCUGCACAUCCCUGACAUCAUCAGGGUGGCUCAGGAGAACGAGGUGGAUGCCAUCCACCCUGGCUACGGGUUCCUGUCAGAGAGGGCUGACUUUGCCCAGGCCUGUCUGGAUGGGGGGCUGCGCUUCGUGGGACCCCCCCCAGACGUGGUCAGGAAGAUGGGAGACAAGGUGGAGGCUCGAGCCAUCGCCAUCGCUGCGGGGGUGCCCGUGGUGCCAGGCACAGAGGGGCCGGUGCAGGGGCUGCCUGAGGCUCAGACCUUCGCUGCCAGGGUCGGCUUCCCCGUCAUCUUCAAGGCUGCCCACGGCGGUGGUGGGCGAGGAAUGAGGGUGGUCCGGUCCCCUGAGGAGCUGGAGGAGAGUUUCUCCCGAGCCUCCUCAGAGGCUUUGGCAGCCUUUGGGGACGGUGCCCUGUUCCUGGAGAAGUUCAUCGAGCGACCUCGGCACAUUGAGGUCCAGAUCCUGGGGGACCGUUAUGGGAACGUGGUUCAUCUGCACGAGCGCGACUGCUCCGUCCAGCGCCGGCACCAGAAGGUGGUCGAGGUGGCUCCAGCCCCCCACUUACCCCCUGACCUCAGGGAUCUCCUGGCCAGGGAUGCUGUCAGGAUCGCCCAGCAGGUGGGCUACGAGAACGCCGGCACCGUGGAGUUCCUGGUGGACCAGGCUGGGGGUUAUUACUUCAUCGAGGUCAACUCCCGGCUGCAGGUGGAGCACACGGUCACUGAGGAGAUCACUGGGGUGGAUCUGGUCCAUGCCCAGCUGCAGGUGGCAGCAGGGAGGUCUCUGCCCGAGCUGGGGCUGCGCCAGGAGCUCAUUGGGGUGACGGGUUGUGCCAUCCAGUGCCGCGUCACCACCGAGGACCCGGCACGCGGCUUCCAGCCCGACACCGGCCGCAUCGAGGUGUUCCGCAGCGGGGAGGGGAUGGGCAUCCGCCUGGACGGCGCCUCAGCCUUCCAGGGCGCUCUCAUCUCCCCCAACUACGACUCGCUGCUGGUCAAGGUCAUCGCCCACGGCCCCGACCAGCCCGCGGCGGCCGCCAAGAUGAGCCGGGCACUGGCCGAGUUCCGCAUCAGGGGCGUCAAGACCAACAUCCCCUUCCUGCAGAACGUGCUGGCUCACCCCCAGUUUUUGGGGGGCUCAGCUGACACCCAGUUCAUCGACGAGAACCCCGAACUCUUCCACCUGCACCCCGGGCAGAAUCGGGCCCAGAAGCUGCUGCACUACCUGGGUCACGUGAUGGUGAACGGCCCCAGCACCCCCCUGCCCGUGGCGGCCAAGGCAGCGCUGCUGGAGCCCACCCCCCCCCCAGUGCCCAUGGGGGCGCCCCCGGCCGGGCUGCGGGAGGUGCUGCUGCGGGAGGGCCCCGGGGGCUUCGCCAGGGCCGUGAGGUCGCACCGGGGGCUGCUGCUGACCGACACCACCUUCCGUGACGCCCACCAGUCGCUGCUGGCCACCAGGGUCAGGACCAGGGACCUGGCCAGAGUCGCCCCCUUCGUGGCCCACGCGCUCAGCCCCCUGUGCAGCAUGGAGACCUGGGGAGGCGCCACGUUCGACGUGGCCAUGCGCUUCCUGCACGAGUGUCCGUGGGAGCGGCUGCGGGAGCUGCGGCGCCUGGUGCCCAACAUCCCCUUCCAGAUGCUGUUGCGCGGCGCCAACGCCGUGGGCUACACCAGCUACCCCGACAACGUCGUCUACAGGUUCUGCGAGGUGGCUGUGGCCAACGAUGACAUCUUCCGUGUCUUCGACUCCCUCAACUACCUGCCCAACCUACUGCUGGGGGUGGAGGCCGCCGGCCGCGCCGGGGCCGUGGUGGAGGCCGCUCUGUCCUACACCGGCAACGUGGCCGACCCCACGCGCACCAAGUACGACCUGGGCUACUACCAGCGGCUGGCCAGGGAGCUGGUGGCCGCCGGCACCCACAUCCUCUGCAUCAAGGACAUGGCGGGGCUGCUGACGCCCGAGGCUGCUCGGCUGCUGGUGGGGGCGCUGCGGGAGGAGUUCCCGGAGCUGCCGCUGCACGUUCACAGCCACGACACGGCCGGAGCCGCCGUCGCCUCCAUGUUGGCGGCCGCCGGCGCCGGGGCCGACGUGGUGGACGUGGCCGUGGACUCCAUGGCGGGGAUGACGUCCCAGCCCAGCAUGGGAGCCGUGGUGGCCUGUGCACGGGGAACCCCCCUGGACACGGGCAUCUCCCUGGAGCGGGUGUUCGAGUACAGCGAGUACUGGGAGGGGGCUCGGGGCCUUUACGCCGCCUUCGACUGCACGGCCACCAUGAAAUCCGGCAACGCCGACGUCUACGAGAACGAGAUCCCAGGAGGCCAAUACACCAACCUGCACUUCCAGGCCCACGCCAUGGGGCUGGGCCACAAGUUCAAAGAGGUCAAGAAAGCCUACACAGAGGCCAACAAGCUGCUGGGGGACCUCAUCAAGGUGACACCAACGUCCAAGGUGGUUGGAGACCUGGCGCAGUUCAUGGUGCAGAACGGGCUGGGCCGCGCCGAGCUGGAGGCGCGCGCCGAUGAACUCUCCUUCCCCCGCUCCGUCGUGGAGUUCCUGCAGGGCCACAUCGGCACCCCCCCGGGCGGCUUCCCUGAGCCCUUCCGCUCCAGGGUGCUGAAGGAGCUGCCGCGUGUCGAGGGGCGCCCGGGCGCGUCGCUGCCGCCGCUGGACUUCGAGGCUCUGGGGCAGGAGCUGGGGCAGCGCCACGGGGCCCCCCCCAGCCCCGAGGAUUUGCUCUCGGCCGCCCUCUACCCCAAAGUCUACGACGACUUUCGCUCCUUCAGCGACACCUUCGGGCCCGUGGCCUGUCUGGGCACCCGCCUCUUCCUCGAGGGACCCACCAUCGCCGAGGAGUUCGAGGUGGAGCUGGAGAAGGGCAAGACCCUGCACAUCAAGGCCCUGGCACUGGGAGACCUCAAUGCCCAGGGGCAGAGGGAGGUGUUCUUCGAGCUCAACGGGCAGCUGCGCUCCAUCCUCGUCAGGGACACCCAGGCCAUGAAGGAGCUGCACGUGCACCCCAAAGCCGCCAAGGGGGCGAAGGGGCAGGUGGGGGCCCCGAUGCCGGGGGAGGUCGUGGAGCUGCGGGUCCGGGAGGGCGCGGCCGUGGCCAAGGGCGACCCCCUGUGUGUGCUCAGCGCCAUGAAGAUGGAGACGGUGGUGACGGCGCCGCUCGGGGGGGUCGUCACCCGCCUGCACGUGCGGCCCGGCCUCAGCCUCCAGGGGGACGAUCUCAUCGCCGAGAUCGAGGAGGGGGGGAAAGGAGAAGCCCCCUGAACCCCCCGACACCAAACACCCCCCAAACCCCCCCAAAAACACCCCCAAAAACACCCCCCCCGGAACGAGCCAAAAUGGGACGCGGCCCCUUUAAGAGCGGGGGGGGCGGCGCCCCCGUGUGGCGGGAAAGGGGAAGCGGGGGAGGCGCUUAAUUAGGCGUUGGAGCCUUAAUUAAGGGGGUAGGCAAUUAGAGAUGACUCUUAAUUAGAGCAGGGGAUGGGCCUUAAGGAGUCGGUUGUUAAUUAGAGAUGGCCCUUAAUUGAAGGGGGGGACAGUCCUUAAUUAGAGGGGUCAGUCAUUAAUUAGAGGUGGCUCUUAAUUAAGGGAGUCAGUCCUUAAUUAGGAGGUCAGUCCUUAAUUAGACAUGACCCUUAAUUAGAGUGGCAUCAGUCCUUAAUUAGAGAGUCAAUCCUUAAUUAGACAUGACCCUUAAUUAAGGGGGGUCAGUCCUUAAUUAGAGAGUCAAUCCUUAAUUAGACAUGACCCUUAAUUAAGGGGGUCAGUCCUUAAUUAGAGAGUCAAUCCUUAAUUAGACAUGACCCUUAAUUAAGGGGAUCAACCCUUGAUUAGGGGGUCAGUCCUUAAUUAGACAUGACCCUUAAUUAAGGGGGUCAGUCCUUAAUUAGAGGGUCAAUCCUUAAUUAGACAUGACCCUUAAUUAAGAGGGUCAGUCCUUAAUUAGAGGGUUAAUCCUUAAUUAGACAUGACCCUUAAUUAAGGGGGUCAGUCCUUAAUUAGAGGGUUAAUCCUUAAUUAGGCAUAGCCCUUAAUUAGGGGCUCAAUUGUUAAUUAGACAUGGCCCUUAAUUAGAGGGGGACAGUCCUUAAUUAGGGGGUCAAUCCCUAAUUAGAGGUGGUCUUAUUUGAGGGGAGACAGUCCUUAAUUAGAGGGGUUGGUUGUUUAUUAGAGAUGGCCCUUAAUUGGGGGGGGGGGUCACUCUUAAUUAAGGGAGUUAGUCCUUAAUUAGAGGGGUCAAUCCUUAAUUAGACAUGGCCCUUAAUUAGGGGGGUCAGUCCUUAAAUAGGGAGAUCAGUUGUUAAUUAGAGAUGACCCUUAAUUAGGGGAGACAGCCCUUAAUUAGAGAUGGCCCUUAAUUAGAGGGGUUCAAUGCUUACUUAGGGGUUCAACCCUUAAUUAGGGGAGGGGUCCUUAAUUAGCAGAGUCGGUACUAAUAGGGGGGCAGCCCUUAAUUAGAGGGAUCAGUCCUUAAUUAGAAGCGUCGGUACUUAACUGGGGGGGGAGGGUGUCAGCCCUUAAUUAAGAGAGUCAGCCUUUAAUUAGCGUGACCACCCUUAAUUAGAGGAGUGGCCCUUAAUUAGGGACGCUUCAGUCUUUAAUUAGGGGUUUAACCCCCUUCAUGGAGGGGCGGGGUCGCCCUCUUAAUUAAGGGGAGCAGCCUAAUUAGGAGCCAGCCCUUAAUUAAAAGGACGCCUCUUCAUUAAGAGAGUCCCCAUUGGGGAGGGGGAACAGCUCUUAAUUAAGAGGCUCUUAAUUGGGGCUCAGCUCUUAAUUGGGGGCGGGGACACAACGCCUUGGGGGGGGGAUUUCCCGCCACUUAAGCCCCGCCCCCUCUGGCCCCGCCCCCUUUAACCCUUUCCGUGCCGCGCUGCCUUAGGGGAGUUUGGGGGAGGGGUUUUGGGGGAGGGGGAGGGGGGGCACAUGGCGCUGCCCCUCCCCCCUCCGUCCCCCCUUCAUCUCCCCCCCCCCCCCAUUGCUGCCAAACGCCCCUCCCCCCUCCUCGCGCGGAUUUUGGGGGGGGAGGGGGCGGAGCCUGUGACCAAAAGGAUCGAGA